GUGUGCGUGUGUGCGUGUGUGCGUGUGCGUGUGUGUGUGUGUUUGAGUCCUAUUAUGAUGUCCGGUUGUCUAACAAUAGACCCACCGACCAUAGGGUGCUGCAGUCACAUGAGUAAGAAGGGCCGGACUAUGUAUCCUUGAUGCUCAACCUGUUGGUGAAGCUCAAGGAGCCGAAGUCUGUCAACUCUGAGCUUCCUCUGUCUGGGUCACAGAGAUCAUCCAUAUCAAAAUGUCUGACACGGAAGAAGUCAUGGAUGAAGAGGUUCUGGAGGAAGAGGCAACAGAUGAGUCAAAGCCAAAGCCCAAGUUCAUGCAAAACAUUGCUGCCCCAAAGAUCCCUGAUGGUGACAAGGUGGAUUUUGAUGACAUCCACAGGAAGCGUCAGGAGAAGGACCUGUCUGAGCUACAGUCUCUGAUCGAGGCUCACUUCAUCCAGAGGAAGAAAGAGGAGGAGGAGCUCAUCGCCCUCGUUAGCAGAAUCGAUAAACGUCGUGCUGAGAGAGCAGAGCAGCAGAGAGUCAGAGCAGAGAUGGAGAAGGAGAGGCAGGCCAGGCAGGCGGAGGAAAAGGAGAGGAGGGAGCUGGAGGAGCAUCGCAAGAAGCACGAUGAUGACGCUAAGAAGAAGAAGGCCCUAUCUAACAUGACCCAGCAAUACAGUGCUGGGCAGAAGGGUGAGACCAGAAGAGGAGGCAAGAAACAAACUGAGAGAGAGAAGAAGAAGAAGAUCCUUGCUGACCGCAAGAAGGCUCUAGUUGUUGAUCAUCUGAAUGAGGACAAACUCAAGGAGAAGGCCAACGAGCUGUGGCAGUGGCUGAUGGGACUGGAGGCUGAGAAGUUUGAUCUCAGUGAAAAACUCAAAAGACAGAAGUACGAUAUUAACCAGCUUCUCGGUCGCGUCCAGGCCCACCAGAAUGCCAAAGGUCGUGGAAAGGGCAAGUUGGGCGGCCGGCUGAGGUAAAGGAGCAACCAGAGGAGGGCGAAGCAGACACCAGUGAUUGGCCUAUGUGUCCAUUAUGUGUGUAUUCAUUGUUCUGUUGUGUUGGGUUACAUGUCAAUUAUCAUAAAACAAUAAAUAAAUCAUUACAUCC